AUGAAUGCAUACUUGGCAGAUCAAACAAGACGCCAAGUACUAAAUUGGUCCAGGCGUUUCCAAAUUAUCUGUGGGAUUGCUAGGGGACUACUCUAUCUUCAUCUAGAUUUCAGAUUGAGCAGUAUUCAUAGAGAUCAAAAAGCUAGUAAUGUUCUGCUUGAUAGCAAGAUGAACUCGGAAAUUUCAGAUUUUGGCACGGCAAGAACUUUUGGAGGAGACCAGACUGAAGCCAAUACAAACAGAGUGUUUGGAACUUUCUUUGGUAUACUAUUGUUGGAGAUAAUAAGUGGAAGAAGAACUAGAGAGUUUUAUCAUCCAAAUCACAGCGGAAACCUUAUUGAACAAGCAUGGAGUUUAUGGAAAGAAGGUGGGCCAUUGGAUCUUGAUGAUGAUUUCUUAGUAGAUAUUAGCAUGAAUGCAUACUUGGCAGAUCAAACAAGACGCCAAGUAUUAAAUUGGUCCAAGCGUUUCCAAAUUAUCUGUGGGAUUGCUAGGGGACUACUCUAUCUUCAUCUAGAUUCCAGAUUGAGCAGUAUUCAUAGAGAUCGAAAAGCUAGUAAUGUUCUGCUUGAUAGCAAGAUGAACUCGGAAAUUUCAGAUUUUGGCACGGCAAGAACUUUUGGAGGAGACCAGACUGAAGCCAAUACAAACAGAGUGGUUGGAACUUACUUUGGUAUACUAUUGUUGGAGAUAAUAAGUGGAAGAAGAACUAGAAGGUUUUGUCAUCCAAAUCACAGCGGAAACCUUAUUGAACAAGCAUGGAGUUUAUGGGCAGAAGGUGGGCCAUUGGAUCUUGAUGAUGAUUUCUUAGUAGAUAUUGGCAAUCUAUCUGAGGUAUUUCAAUGCAUUGACAUUAGCCUUUUACGUGUACAGCAGCAUCCUGAGGAUAGACCAAGCAUGUCAUCUUAG